CAAGUUGAAAGGUGUGGUUGUUUUUUCGAAAGCGUCAUCUAAUAUUUCGUUGUGGCCUGUUAUCACAAUAUGGAAUUCCUCGUUUUGCUUUUGUAUACAGCGAUGACUUUGUUAUGUUUGAUAAGUCCAGGUCUUCAGAACACGCUUUUCUUAUCUGGUGAUAAUUAUAUUAAAGCCAUCAACAUGGACACUGGAGAUGUAACAUAUUUAUUGACCGAUCUGCAAAGUAACAUCAAUUCUAUAGAUUAUGAUUACAAAAAUAUGUAUAUUUAUUUUCCACGAUUUGAUAAAAACGACAUAUUAAGGUUUCGGUAUCCAUCUGAAGAAUUGUAUGAAUUAGAAACUGUGACAGUUGCAGAUAACCCAAUAGGAUUGGCAAUUGACUCAGUAGGCAACCAUGUGUAUUGGACAGAACAAUCCAAAGGCAAUCUGUACAGAUGCAAUUUAGACGGGUCAAAGAAAACAUUGAUACUACAAGAUGACACACUAUUUGCUCUAACAAUAGAUUUGCAGGAAAAAUGGCUGUACUACAGUACAAUAGGAACCCAUAAAACGAUAAGUCGAUCAAGAAUGGACGGUUCUCAAAAACACAUAUUUAUGGACGUGAAGUCGGAAAAAGUAACUGGUAUAACUAUAGAUUAUGAUAGUGGUCGAGUUUACUGGAUGGAAAAUGUGGAAGGCGUAUUAAAAUCCUCAGAUUCCAAUGGUACUUAUAUGAUGAAGGUUUCUAGCACAAUAACACCCGGAGCAAGCAUAGGCAUAUUUGUAUAUCGCAGUGACAUAUACUGUUCAAAUGGUAUGCAGCUGCUUCAAGUAAAACUCUCCGGAGGAAUGCGAAGACCUUUUGUCUUAUACUCAGAUAAAGACACGAUACAUGGUGUACAUUACAUUAACAAAACAAGCCAAUAUCCUGUUGUAAAUAUCAAUUCAAACCAUUAUGUGGUGGAUUAUGGAAGUUCUUUGACAACUGACUGUUCAUUUCAAACAUCUGAAUGGAAUCCUGUUCGGGAAAUAUAUUGGCAGGUCAAUAACAGUGGAGUAGUAACACAGAUUGUUAAAGAAACCGAGGGAAUAUCUGGGAGUUCAAUCGAAUCACCCUCUCUUACAAUUUUCAAUGCGACAUCAUCUGAAUCGGGAACAUACAUCUGUUACGUGAGAAAUGAUAUUGGAACAGGACAUAGUAUACCAAUAUAUGUUACAAUAACGGGAGAUGUGCCAACUGUGUUUGUCGAAGAUAGAAAUUAUUCAAUAGGGUACGGCGACGAAAUUACAUUAUUCUGUAACAUAUCAUCUGACCCUCCUGCCAAAAAUGUUUAUUGGGAGAAAGUAGUCAAUGGGGAUAAACACAUACUGAAUAAUUGGACAGUUGGUACUCAAGGCGUUUCUGUAGAUACACCAUCGCUAGCUAUAUGA